UCAGUUUCCAAGCUAAUUAUGACCUAGCGACUAAAUAAUAAUGGGAAAUACACUAACCACGGAUGAAGUAAAUUAUCGUUUGCAUGAAGCUGCAGAAAAAGGAGAUUUGCCAGAAUUGCAAAAAUAUCUCAAGAAAGGUGGAGACCUCAACAAACUGCUGGAAUAUGAAAAUUUUAACAAACCCCAGAAACUAAAAGUGGAGACUGCUACUGAAAUUGAUAUGAAAUAUAAUGUAGCGUUUAAUCAACUGGUUGAUACAAUGGCAAAAGAUACAGCUGACAAUGAACUAGGUCAAAAAAAUCAAACGCCACCUCCCAAACCGUUAAAAAUGAACGCGUUACACAGAUCGGCAAGUCGGAAAAGCAACCUAAAAAUGUUGAGCUUUGUGCUGAAUCGAGUAUAUGACGUAGAUGAGCAAGACUCGCAAGGUGAUACCGCAUUGCAUUACGUGUCUAUGUUUCACAACAAUGCUGAAUCAGUUAUAUUACUUCUGAAAUUCAAACCAAAUAUCAACUUACAAAACGAUCACGGAGACACAGCUUUGUUCAGUGCAGUUUGUUGCGGAUGUGAUCUGAAGGUUAUUGAAUGGUUAUUGAGAGGAGGAGCAAAUCCCAAUAUUAGCAACGUAGAUGGCGACACUCCACUGCAUGCUUGUGCAUUGAGAAGGGGGAUUGAUCCGCUUAUUCCCGGAAUUCUACUUAGAUUUGGAGGGAAUCCUAAUUUAAAAAAUAGACAUGGCCAGACUCCGCUCCACGUGGCCGCAGAAUCGACAAAUAAUUCUGUUCUCUUGCUGCUGAAAUUUAAUGCGAAGGUUCGUUUGAGAGACAACAACGGCAACCGUGCAUCUGAGGUUGCAGCUUCGGAAGAAAUUCGAAAAGUCUUGGAAGAAGAGGAGAACGAUUUACUAGAGCGAACAACAAAAACAUCUGAUCUUGUAGAAGCCGAGGAUACCCAACUGCUGUACGGAGCGACGCCGAGAACAAAUCGAUCUGUGCAAAAUUGGUUGAAUGACCGGCAAAAUUCCUUUGAUUCAUCAGAAUAUGAUAAAAAUGGAUCUUUUAUUCGCGGAGAUAGAGGACGUCGAUCUGAAAUUAUAUAUCCUCGUCGAUCUGUGUUAUCUGAAGGCGGAUAUUCAACAGGAAGGAGCAGUUGCAGGUUAAGUUUUGACAAGUUUUCGGGAGGAGGAGGCAAAGGAGUAAUAGAACUUCCUGAUAACAAGGAAAUUAUAAUUCCUCCGGAUGCAAUGCCGAGUGGAACACGCUUGAAGGUUACAAUUCGACCGAAUACCGAAAACGAAUCGGUAACAGAUCUGGCUGAUUAUGAUUUUAAAUUUGAUUUGAAAAUCAACCUUCCAGGUAAAUCUCUACUUCUUCCCUGGGUGCAAAAUCAAGGAGAAAUCAAAGCGCCUCCUGCAUUCAGUGGUAUGAGCUGGGAAGGCGGGACAUCGUGGCAAUGUUUUCGUGAGCUCACUGAUGACGUAGGUAGUGACGUCAGCUUAAAUUUUAAGUUGACGAAAGAAAAAACAGUUCCACUCACAAAAAAGGUAUCGCUUAUUAAUUCGACUGUUAUACCACCCACAAAAUUGUCUGAAUUUGAGACAGGGAAGUCAAAUAAAGACAUCGAAAAUAUCGAAGACGAGCAAGCAAUUACUGACAUCAGUAGCAGCGAUGAUGAGGACGAAAAGAAUACAAGCGAUAGCUUAGAAGAUCCCCCUAACUCUCUUCUGAACGAAAAAUUCUGGGCCAGGCAGGUUAUUGUAGCUAAGCCGGCAAGUGAUACGAGUGGGAGUUGCGAUGGAAGCGACGCAGAUUCUUACGCAGAAAUGGAAGACGAAGUAGGACAAGAUGAUGACAUGCACGUGAGGUAUAAAUCAUGUGUUGAUGAAUUGGAAGAAAAUAUCCGAAUUAAACAUCCAAUAGAUCAAGAGCUAGCGACUAUUUCUGAAGAGACGCAGGAGCCAGUUUUUACUGAUGAGAAUCCAGUAUCUCCUCGGGAAGAUUUCGCAGAAGACCAAGCAGAGUUGUCACAAGAUAAUCAUCAAUAUCUCACGAAAGAAUCUACAUUGAGUCUUGACAGUGGUUACAGAGAUUCUUUGGAUCUUGAAGAACAAUCAACGUAGCCUAAGAUAAUUACUGUAAUCAAUCAUAAAGCAUAAUCAGUAAACUAAUUUCUCAAUAGCGUAAUGACAUUAUCACACUGCACGAACUCAGAUAUACAUUUUUCGAACUUUUUUUAGUCUAGUUUUUUGCCUUUCUCAAUUCCAAAUGUAUGCGAAGUUGUAAACGUGUGCUAUGGCAUAUAGACUAUCUGAACUGAGUUCCGAACAUUUUGGAGAUCUAUGUGUACCAGAUGAUCACAAUGAGCCGAAAUAAAUUUAUACUUUAUGUAUUAGCAGAUGGCAAUCGAUUUUGAGCUUUUACUUUUAAAUUUUCAUUAAUUAUUUUUUCUCACUUUUUCUUUAUAACGAACUUUUUCGUGUACUGUAUAUAUAGUCGGUAGAAAACAAAGUAGAUAAAAACAGAUUGAAUGAGAUUUUUCCAUUAUUAAAUAGUUUGCACACAGACGUAUUUUAUGUAAUUUUCUAUAUAUACACAUUGUAGAAUAUAUAUAUAUAGUUGCAAAGAAUGAAUGUUACACGGUAA